CUCAGUGUCUGCCUGUUUUCCAAAGUCCUGUUACCUGUUUAGAGUUUGACUUUUUCUAGUCUAGUCGACAACUACUUAUUUUCUGUUUAGUUUUUGGGUUUUGGUGAAGGGUUGGAAUUAGAAAUUUCUUUAAAAAAUUACCUUAAACACAAUUCUGCAAUGAAAGACAAUACCACAGGUAGGAAACAUAAGCGUGCAAGGAGUUUGUCCAACUCCUCCCAUUUCACAAUUAGUGACGACGAUAAUCCAAAACAGAGCAAAGAGGGGAAAAACUUAGAGGAAAGGUAUAAACACAGAAAACACUACAAACACGGCCAUAAGCACCAUAGACAACAAAAUUCUGAUUCAUCAGAAAAUGAAGAAGUAAACCCAAAGUACAAGAUUUCAGAAAAAAGGCACAAAGACAACGAUUUGGUUCCAGAAGUAAGAGUGAAAGAAGAACCACAAAGUGAGGAUGAAAGAGACCGAAAGUACAAAAACAGGCACAGUGAUCAGUCAAGAAUUAACGAUGACUCAUCCAGAGGAAACGGAUCACGACAUCAUAGAGAAGAGUCAAGAAGGAGAGCAAAUAACUCGGAGCCAAGGGGAAAUGAUCGAAGUAAAAGAAGACCUGUUAGGGAAGAAGUUCUCAGCAAUGAUGUAGAACCAGAAUGGGGUAAAAAAGAGGUGAAAAAUGAGAAAAAAGAACCAGCAAAGAAUAAUGCCAAACCGGAUUUUGGCUUGUCCGGCAAGCUAACCGAAGACGCCAACACGUUCAACGGAGUAGUGGUGAUCAAGUACAGCGAACCACCGGAGGCUAGAAGACCGAAGCGACGGUGGAGACUGUAUCCGUUCAAAGGUGAGACAUCACUGCCCAUCCUGCACAUCCACCGGCAGAGCGCCUACCUCAUGGGCAGGGACCGUAAGGUGGCAGACAUCCCCAUCGACCACCCUUCCUGUUCCAAGCAGCACGCCGCCCUGCAGUACCGGCUGGUGCCCUUCACGCGAGCUGACGGUUCCUCGGGUCGCCAGAUCAAACUGUACGUCAUCGACUUGGAAUCGGCUAAUGGUACCUUUUUGAAUAACAACAAAAUUGAUCCAAAGAAAUAUUAUGAACUCAAAGAAAGAGAUGUGAUCAAAUUCGGAUUCAGCUCGAGGGAUUACGUGUUGUUGCACGAACACAGUAAAGAUUCCGAAAACGAUGAUGAUGUUAACGAUGAAUAGUAUAGUUCAUUGUAAAUAUUCGGGGAUGUAUAUGUAUCUAUUAAAAUUAAUAUUUAUUUUAAAUCAAAUGUUUUAUUUUAUAUAAUUUUGAUGUAUAUAGAAACUUAAAAUCUUUGUACUAUAUUUCUGAAAUAAUUAUAUAAUUUGUACGUACAA